AUAUUUUCAGUGUCCCAUGUAUUUGACCUAUAUUCCAACUUGAACUUUGGGUCAAGAGUAAGGACACUGUACUCCAGAGGUUUUAGAUUUUGGGUUCACAGACCAUGGAGUAGCUGCUUCCUCCUCUCUACAUAGUGUCUCCUGAAUGCUUCUUUUCCAAACCUUUUGCCUUGUUGCUGAGGAUUUGCAAGUGGCCACUCAUGGACAUAAUGGGUGAGGAGAAGUGUUCCAGAUCUUUGGUCCACAAGCUGCCCCUGGGACAUAUUCUUGGGAAUUCCUAGUGCUAAAUCAAAUGGGGAAGCCAGUACAAAGAACAUGGAACUAGUAGGAAGAGCCAACAUUUGGGCCCCUUGCAAAGGGAGGAAAUGUGCCAGAAUUUGUAAGUGAAACUGUGUUCCAAUUGGUUCUGCUGAUAAGAGCAUCCAGCUGGAAUAUGUACAUAAGCACUGACUUGCAGCAGCUCUCAAUUUGCAUUGUGAAGUUUUACACACUUGGAUCUCUUCUUUCCAAGCAGGGCUGAAUUAAACAAUUUAACAUGUACUCACCACUGCCCAUGACCUUCUUAGCUUUCUUUGGCUUCCUGCUGCACCCAGAAUCGGAAGGUCACUUGAUGUCCCCAAGAGAGAAUGAUGCUGAAACCCACCCGUUGACCUCUGGCUCAAUCAAGGGCCCACUUCAUGUCUUCUUCAGAUCUAUGUCUUCCAAAUCUCUACAGUUCCAGUUGCAGAAAAAGGGUGUUUCCUGCCAAGACUUGAUGCCCGAGGCUAUGGGAAAUUUUGCCAAUGUGCCGUGGAAGUCCCAGACCCUCAUUCGAGCUUCACUGGCACUUGCUUUGCAAGCUGCAGGCUGCAACUGGCAUGCAGAAAUUUUGGUCCAUCGACUCUACAAAGAUCUGGGACAGGAAGACACAGAUGCCCUCCUGUUUGCCAUGGCAGAUGCUCUGGGUACAGCUAACCACGCUGAGAAGAGUAGUAGUAGCACUGCUGCCUUGCAGUUCAAUUUGGACCAGCUGGCACCCACCAAAUCUAGGCGCUGCAGAGGUCUAAUGCAAGUUAAUGAUGCUCUUCUGCAUGGCCAGGGGCACAGCAUCCACAGAGGGUUUCUGGCUGCUGCGGUAGCUUGUCACCACCUGGGUGACUCUUGUGCUGGGGUGUCCGUCAAUGGAACAAGUUCCUUCCAAGUGGUGGAACGAAAUGGCAGCUACCACCUGCCACAUCCUGGCGCCAAAUCCUGGCUCCAUCAGUGCCACAGGCUUGCAAGAGUACAGCGCUCCACUCCAGAUGACUGUGCUAGUGAAAGAGAACAACGGGUCCAUGCAGUCAUGGAGUGGUUACCUGGUGUCAGUACCUUCUACAACUUUGGGACAAGCAUUUACUAUGCAACCCAAGACUGCACAGACCUGGCCAAGGACCGGGCGCUGGACGGUGCCAUAGACCUGGGCUAUGACACCUUGGUAGCUAUGACAGGUGGAGCAGGUGGGGGCAUUGCGUUUGGGGUUUCUGCAGCACUCAAACCAGGGAUGAAAGCAGGGGUGCGUUAUCUGAUAGACUAUUUCAACCAGCAGAAAGAGGAGGCUUACACUGUCCCCACUAAUUACACUGGCCCAGUUAUCAUCAUGUAGUUAUUAUUCAUUACCAUUGAGUACUUCUAUAGCAGAAUGUUUGCAGCCCAAUUCCCACACUCUCACAGCCCACAUGGCCACUGGCUUUGGGAUACUGGGAACUGUAAUCCAAAAAAUUAAAUUCUUCAAUUUCUGCUCUGUAUACCUUUGAUUGGUCUCCUCCAGAUGCAUGUUUUCUGCUCCUAAUGCCAUAUCCUAAUUGUGUUCAAAACCUCAGGUUUUAUGUAAUCCAGUAAUAUCUGGCAGAGCCCGCAAACUGUCUGUAUGCUCAUUGCAGCAGAAAUCCAGCCUUCGCUGCCUGUGCUGAAGAGCAGGUGGAAAUUGCAUUAAAAGUGACUGUGUUGUGCUAAUUUUGCCUAUGAUUGGGGAAGGCUUUUUUCAUUGCUCUGCCUUCCUUCUCUGCUCACAUGCCACCAAGAUAACAGAAUGAUGUGAACAGUAGUGUCUUGGGUACAGUUACGCAGAUAAUCCUGGGAAAUAAAACUGCAUCUUAAAGAGUAAUAA